CUUGAAUUGAAUCACACUUUCCAAUCCAACCAACCUUUAUACUAAGAACGCGUUUCACGAAAAUACAUUUUAUAAACGAACGAGUAUCACGAUGAAUUGAAUGUUUAAAUACUCAACAAGCGUUGAAAGAAUUCGCAACAAAAAUGGCGAAUUCAAGUAAGAGAGUGCUGAUCACCUCAAACGGCGACGAUAUUUCCCACGGCAUUGCUUUCCAUUUAGCCAAACAAGGAUGCAGGUUGGUUUUGAUGGGAAACGCGAUCAGAUUAGAGAGUGUUGCACGGAAAAUAACGGAUUCUGUUGCUGUGCAUGUGGUUGAAUUGGAUUUGGAAAAUGAUGAUGAAUCGGUUUUUCAUCAUGCUGUUGAUAAGGCUUGUAAGAUUUUGGGGAAAUUGGAUGCUUUUGUUAAUUGUUACUCUUAUGAAGGGAAGGUGCAAGAUCAUCUCGAGUUAGCUGAGAGCGAGUACAAAAAGAUUGUUAAGAUAAAUUUUAUGGCUCCGUGGUUUUUGUUAAAGGCUGUUGGCCAAAGGAUGCGGAACUUCAACACUGGAGGGUCCAUUGUAUUUUUAACAUCGAUAAUGGGUUCUGAGAGAGGGCUUUAUCCAGGAGCUGCUGCAUAUGCCUCAGCCUUGGGUGGAGUUCAACAGUUAGUUCGGGCAUCAGCUAUGGAGAUAGGGAAGUACCAGAUCAGAGUUAACGCUAUUGCACGAGGCCUUCACCUGGAUGAUGAAUUCCCAUUAUCAGUGGGAAGGGAAAGGGCAGAGAAGUUAGUGAAGGAGGCAGCACCACUUGAGAGAUGGCUUGAUGCUAAGAACGAUCUUGCCUCUACAGUCAUCUAUCUAAUCAGUGAUGGGUCACGUUACAUGACAGGAACAACUAUAUUUGUUGAUGGAGCACAGUCUAUAACUAGGCCUAGGAUGCGCUCCUUUAUGUGAUUAUUUUCUCACAGCUGCCUCAGUAAGGAACUUUUUAAGGCAUGUUUGUUCAUGCAUCUGAUUUACUUAUCCUUGUGCAUAGGACAUGAUAAAUUUAUGGAAGUUAUAAUUGUUUAAUAAUGUAAUGCUCAAAAAAAUGAGCCAUAGUGAUAGGACCUUGAAUGAGUGUGAUUUUUUUUAUGGAUCAAAUUGUAAGGUGGGAAAUGAAUUGUGCAAGGAAAAUCAUGUUAUAAGGUUGUUGAGCACAGAACAGAUUCCUUCAGUUUAUUAGGGGCAUAAAGUAUUGGUUCUCCUAAGCUCUAUGCCUUUGAUUUUCAGAUAUACUAAUACAUUAUUUGUUUUGCAA